AUGCGAGCACUCACUGCUUCUGAUUACUUUUUAGCCUCGGGGGCUGCAGGUGCGCUCACCUCGAUCCUGACAAAUCCAAUAUGGGUGAUCAAAACUCGUAUGCUUUCGACGGGCUCACAAGCCCCGGGUGCAUAUUCCUCAUUUAGAUCAGGGGCCAAACAAAUAUACAGUUCUGAGGGAGUACAAGGUUUCUAUCGCGGCCUUGUCCCAGCCUUGUUUGGGGUCAGCCACGGCGCUCUACAAUUCAUGGCCUAUGAACAGUUGAAACUGGUUCGCUCUCGGUCACUAUGGAAUAGUCAUCAGGGAACGGAACUUCGACCAGCGACACGGGAACUCAACAAUAUCGACUUCCUUACGCUGUCCAGCCUCUCAAAGAUCUUUGCAGGGUGUGUCACCUAUCCGUACCAAGUGAUCAGAUCUCGCUUACAGACUUAUGACGCCCAUCUACUAUAUCGCGGUGCCACCGAUGCUAUCAUGCAGGUCUGGGCCCGUGAGGGGAUCUCCGGCUUCUAUAAAGGGCUGGGGCCCAACCUUGUUCGGGUCUUACCAAGCACCUGGGUCACCUUUUUGGUUUAUGAGAACACCAAGGUUAUUUUACCUAGAAUAGCAGCCAAGAGGAUAGAUUAG